ACAGUUAUUCCUGUCUCGUGUGUGCAUGUGACAUCUAUCUGUCGUGGAGGAGGGAACUCUUCUUUGUUGCUCUUCCUGGCGCUUUUGGCCUUAUUUGCGCAUUAAAGAGCUCUAAGAACAGAUGGCGUUGUACAUUAUAUAAAUUGUAUAACCACGUGAGGGAAAUAGGCCGUAUAAAUUAAUUAGCUUAUUUGGCCUGACUAGAAGAAAACAAUUAACUCUCUCAAACAAAGUAAGGACAUGUUUUUAAAGCUGCCUUUCAGACACCUUAAGGCCUUUGCCUUUAGGAUAUGUAAAGGCACAUCUUGUUAGUGCUGAAAUGAAUAGUCAAUGCUUUGAGGAGUCAUAAUAUGAGGAUCUUUUUCAGUUUUAUAUAAUUGUAAACUGAAUAUUUUGAGUUUUUAACUGACAAAACAAGAUCUCUGAAUACUUUGAAAUGUGUUGCAUGAGCCCAAACUACUCGUCUUGUAACGGCAAGUGUAGUGUGGCUGUGACGGAGGUUAACUGAGAGGAAGGCUCAGCAGAAGACGGACGUCCCCGUCCUGCGUGUGUUUACCAGUGUCUCUAUUAAUACCAGCCAAGCAGCCCAUUGCUGCCAGUGUUACAGUGAUCCUCUUAGUGUCUGACACACACACACACACACCAAGAGAAAAAGGACACAUGUACAGCAGCACUGAGAUAUUGUUCAGGUGAUUGUUGAGUCUCCAUAUAGAUACAGGCGAGCUGGAGGGUAGCAGGUUGUUGUCUGAAGCAGAUAUGGCUCAGCUCGACUUCACAGGAGCCCGAAUCUCCGGCCGUUGGUCCUUGGGGUCCGGCUGCAGUGGGAGUGGGGAGGACUCGUUGGACCGGCUCCUGCCUCCUGCAGGGGCCCCUCGCAGGAAGAGCUCUACCUCACUGAGUACAACCGAGCCUCCUCUGCUCCGCACAGGCACGCGCACCAUCUACACCGCCGGCCGACCUCCCUGGUACGACGAGCACGGAGCGCAGUCCAAAGAGGCCUUUGUCAUCGGGUUGUGUGGGGGUAGCGCCUCAGGGAAGACCACCGUGGCCAAAAAGAUCAUUGAGGCUCUGGAUGUGCCGUGGGUCGUGCUGUUGUCUAUGGACUCUUUCUACAAGGUUUUAUCCUCGGAGGAGCAGACUUUGGCAGCGAGUCACGAUUACAACUUUGAUCACCCGGGAGCUUUUGACUUUGAGCUGCUGGUUGCCACCAUGCGAAAGCUGAAGCAGGGCAAGAGUGUGAAGAUCCCGGUGUACGAUUUCACCUCACACAGGCGACAGAAGGACUGGAAAAAUGUGUAUGGUGCCAGUGUAAUAAUAUUUGAAGGAAUUAUGUCUUUUGCCGACAAAGAGCUUCUUCAGCUCCUGGAUAUGAAAAUCUUUGUGGACACUGACUCCGACAUUCGGCUGGUCCGCCGGCUGCGCAGGGACAUCACAGAGCGCGGGCGGGACAUUGAAGGCGUCAUUAAACAGUACAACAAGUUUGUGAAGCCGGCCUUUGAAAUGUACAUCGAGCCGACCAUGAGGCUGGCUGAUAUUGUCGUGCCGAGAGGUGGCGGCAACAUGGUGGCCAUUGAUCUGAUCGUCCAGCAUGUCCACAGCCAGCUGGAGGAGGUCUUUAACAAACACCGUGAGCUCAGUGUAAGGGCGCUCCUGGCCUCGGCUCAGCAGACGCAGCCGCUGCCCCAGACGCUCAGCGUGCUGGAGAGCACGCCGCAGGUCAAAGGCCUGCACACCAUCAUCAGGAAUAAAGGAACCAGUCGAGAUGAGUUCAUCUUCUACUCAAAGAGAUUAAUGCGGCUCCUCAUAGAACACGCCCUGACGUUUCUACCGUCUCAGUCGUGUGUCGUCCAGACUCCACAGGGCCACGUGUACGAAGGCCGCAGCUACAAGGGCAAAGGGAUCACCGGCGUGUCCGUCCUGCGGGCGGGAGAGACCAUGGAGCCCGCCCUCAGGGCCGUGUGCAAGGACGUCCGCAUCGGCAAGAUCCUCAUCCAGACCAACCUGGACUCGGGCGAACCAGAGUUGCAUUACCUGCGUCUGCCCAAAGACAUCAGCGAGGAUCAUGUCAUCCUAAUGGACAGCACCGUCUCCACCGGCGCGGCUGCCAUGAUGGCAGUGCGAGUCCUAUUGGAUCACGAGGUGCAGGAGGAAAGGAUUGCGUUGGUGUCUCUGCUGAUGGCGGAGCUCGGGGUGCACUCAGUGGCCUACGCCUUCCCGAAGGUCAAAAUCAUCACUACCGCUGUGGACAAGAGUCUGGAUGAUUUUCUACAUGUAAUUUCUGGUAUCGGUGACUUCGGGGACCGGUACUUUGGGACGGACGCGUCCGACAGCUGGAGGGACGAGGACCACGAGCAGCAGUCGCACUGACACACAGAUCUGUGAUCCACUGUGAAAGGAAAUACAAACACUUGAAAACUCC